AUCAAUUAUUGAUUGCAUGGCACGUGUCAGCUAUUAGUAGAUGAAUGGUAUAAAAGAGGCAGCACCGCACGGGGAAGACCAAACGAAUUCAAAGGAUCUUCUAAAGAAGUACAAGACGGUUCUCUACUAUUAUUGUACAACAGGUUAAAACUCUGUUUGGUUGGCAAAUUAAAAUGAAUCUACUACGCGGUUUGUUUUCAGUGCUAUUUAUCGUUGAAUUUUCGAAACUUCAAGGAAAACAUGGCUUUUUCUCGCAAGCUCUUCUUAAGGGCGAAGUGAUUGAAAACAUGUCACAGGCAAAGUUUGUAGCUGGAAUCCAUGCCCCCGCAAACCAUCCAAAUGAUCCCAAUAAAAAAAUGAUGGGUAUGUGUACCGCAUUCAUUCUGUCGAAAACGGAAAUUAUCACGAAUGCCCAUUGUGUGUAUGACGCCCCAUAUGUUUAUGUGGUAGCUGAUACGAAAGUUGUAUCAGAGGCAAAACAGAAAAUUAGAAUCAAAGUCGAAAAAGAGAACUUUCGAUACCGUUGGUAUUAUCGAACUCGUGGAUAA